AUGAUGUUAAAAACAAAGCUUAUGAUUCAUUCCAAGGUAAAGCUGUCUGUUGUUCCUUUUUGUAAAGCUGUUUGUAGUCCCUUUUUUUCAAACGUUGUGAGAGAACUUCAAAGGGCAGCGCAUUUUGUAAAUGAAGAUGAUAGUUGCAGCACAUUAUUUUAUAAUCUGGUUUCCCUUUCUAAGGUUGUCGCGACUGUCAAGGUGACGGAUGUAAGAGAGUGUCUAGCCAAGAUAUCUCUCAGUCGAGAUAUCUCUCAGUCGAGAUAUCUCUCAGUCGAGAUAUCUCUCAGUCGAGAUAUCUCUCAGUCGAGAUAUCUCUCAGUCGAGAUAUCUCUCAGUCGAGAUAUCUCUCAGUCGAGAUAUCUCUCAGUCGAGAUAUCUCUCAGCCGAGAUAUCUCUCAGUCGAGAUAUCUCUCAGUCGAGAUAUCUCUCAGUCGAGAUAUCUCUCAGUCGAGAUAUCUCUCAGUCGAGAUAUCUCUCAGUCGAGAUAUCUCUCAGUCGAGAUAUCUCUCAGUCGAGAUAUCUCUCAGCCAAGAUAUCUCUCAGUCGAGAUAUCUCUCAGUCGAGAUAUCUCUGAUAUCUCUCAGUCGAGAUAUCUCUCAGUCGAGAUAUCUCUCAGCCAAGAUAUCUCUCAGUCGAGAUAUCUCUCAGUCGAGAUAUCUCUCAGUAAAGACUAAUUUCCAUACAGCACACAAAAGACAUAGAUCCAUACAGCACACAAAAGACAAGCCUGAUAGAUCCAUCUCAAACUCAUUAAUAAUUCAUGAGCAAAUUAGCGAAUGAACUCACCCUAAUUCGUCACAUGAUUGAGGUUGGAUACCGCAAGGAAACACGCUAAAAAUCAUAUACCAUCACUGUUGUUAGAUGAAAAACGGUUUUCAUCUAAUAACUGAGAUCCUAAUUACAAAUUCAAGUCAAACCACAACAAUAUACUAUAAUAAUAUAUAUAAGCCAAUGAAAUGUUUUCGUUUGAGAUGUUGUGUAAACAACUCGUUUCUCGUGUUUCAUCAGGGGCCCAAACACUCGAAAACAAUAAAACACUCGCGCUUCGCGCUCGUGUUUCAUACAGUUUUCUCGUGUUUGGAUCCCCUGAUGAAACACUCAAACUCGUUGUUUACAUAUAACAUACAGCACACAAAAGACAAGAUAGAUCCAUACAGCACACAAAAGACAAGCCUGAUAGAUCCAUACAGCACACAAAAGACAUAAAUCCGCCAUACAGCACACAAAAGACAUAUAUCCAUACAGCACACAAAAGACAAGAUCCAUACAGCACACACAAAAGACAAGAUAGAUCCAUACAGCACACAAAAGACAUAG